AUGGAAAAUGAAGCCAAUGACGCUUUAAAUUAUUUUAAUAAUACUUUUAUUUUUACUUCAAGGAUCACUGUUGAACAUGCCAAGCCUGUUAGUGAUCCAACGCUAUCGAGGCCUUGGAGUGCUCAUAGUGUUGGUUCAUCAAGUUAUCAGAAAAAACAUUUUCAGAAAUCAGAGGCUAAUAGUGUGGAAAUAAAAAAAAAAAAAGUUAAAAAUGAUGAUCUUAAUAAUGAUCUUAAUAAUGAAAAGCUUGAAGAAUUUUUAGAAGUUAUGAAACCAAGAUCAAAAUCUAAAACUUGGGCAAAUGAUGAUUUAACAAUUUUGGAAUCUCAACAGAGUUCAAAACACUUUAUUACUAAUGAUUCUGAUGAUGAACUUUAUCAAGAUUUACCAAAUAAAACCGAUAUAGUAAUUAAAAAUGAUACAAAUGAAUCGAAUAAUUCAGAAAAGAAUCAAAAAGAUAAAUUAUCUCGUGAAAAAGUUGUUGAACUGAGUAAGGAAUCAUCUAGUAAAAACUUUUCAAAAGUCGAUUUUAAUAACGAUGAUGAAAAUAAUAAAAUUUAUACUAAUCCAUCACCAGAAAAUGAUGAUUCCAAAGAAAAUGUCAAUUAUAAUAAUGAGGCAAAUGCUAAUCUAUCUGGUAGACCUACAGAGGUUCCUCCUGAAGAAUCCAUUGGUGAAACUGGUAGAUUAUUUGUUAGAAAUUUGCCAUAUAUAUGUUCAGAAGAGGACUUGCGAAAAGCAUUUAAUAAAUUUGGCCCGCUUGCUGAAGUGCACAUUCCACUCGACAAGGAAACAAAGAACCAAAAAGGCUUUGCUUAUGUUUUAUAUCAUAUUCCUGAACACGCCGUAAAAGCUUAUAUUGAGUUAGAUAAUAAAUUCUUCAUGGGAAGAUUAUUACAUAUUUUACCUUCUAGAGAUAAACCUCAAGUUCGUGAUUUGAAUCCUGGCAGGUGGAGUUUAAAAAAAAAAAAAGAGAUGAAUCAGAAAAACUUAGCUAAUAAUGACUUCAAUUGGAGUAUGCUAUAUAUGAAUAGUGAUGCAAUCGCAGAGUCAAUAGCACAUCGAUUUAAUGUAAAAAAAUCGGAAAUUUUGGAUCCUGAAUCUGACAACAUGGCUGCAAAACUUGCUCUUGCAGAAACUCAUAUCAUCCAAGAAACAAAAGCAUUUCUUGAAAUGAAUGGAAUUUCCUUAAGUUCUUUUGGAAAAAAAGAGAAAAGUGAUACUAUUAUUUUAGUAAAGAAUAUUUCAUUUGGUGUGACGAAAGAGGAAUUGCAACAAUUAUUUGGAUGGUAUGGAGAAAUUGGACGUUUAAUAAUUCCACCGGCUCAAACAAUAGCCUUAAUAGAAUUUUUACAUCCUUCAGAAGCCCGAAAUGCAUUCACAAAUCUUGCAUAUAAAAAAUUUAAAGGAGUUCCUCUAUAUUUGGAAAAAGCACCGGCAGAUAUUUUCAAAAGUGAAACUGAUACAAGCUCAAAGCCAACCGAUGAUGAUGCUAAAAAAGUACUUUCUUCAACAGAUAUAAUUGAAACAACUAUAAAUGAUGAUGAUGAAUCAUCUGAAGUAACUGCUACAUUGUUUGUUAAAAACAUAAAUUUUGAUACAACCGAGGAAGAGCUAAAAAAAUUAUUCAAGAAUACUUCUGGCAUGAAAUCUGCUAAAAUAAAAUUGAAAAAUGAUCCUAAAAAUCCUGGUAAAAAGUUGAGUAUGGGAUUUGGGUUUGUUGAAUAUGAUAAUAUGAAAAAUGCAAAAAAUGCUUUAAAAUCAAUGCAGGGGUAUAUGUUAGAUGGUCAUGCGUUACAAUUAAAAUUUUCAAAUCGUGGAUUAGACACUAUACAAAGAAAGCGAAAAGAGGAUGAAAUGAUGAAAAAAAAACAGGAAUCCACAAAAAUUAUCAUUAAGAAUGUCGCUUUUGAGACAACAAAAAAAGAGUUGAAAGAAUUAUUUGGUACAUACGGUCAAAUUAAAACACUUCGUCUACCAAAAAAAUUCGAUGGUACAUCUCGCGGAUUCGCAUUUAUAGAAUUCUUAACAAAAAGAGAUGCAAGGAAUGUGAUGGAGCAAUUACAAAAUACACACUUAUUAGGUAGACAUCUCAUUCUUGAAUAUGCGGAUGAUGAUAAGAAUGUUGAAGAGUUGAGAGAGAAGAUUGGUAAAGAAUUUAUUGCAGAUAUUGAAGGCGGUGAUGCUUACAAUUAUUCAACUCAAUACUAUUAUUUAUAUUGUUAA